UAGGCGUGCUGCUUAAGUUGUCCUGGGUUGCUGAGCCAUGAUGGAAGGGGGAGCGAGGAGUAGAACAUGGCGACUUAUUGCAGCUGUGGUGUUCCUUUGCUCUUUAGUCCUAAGUUUGACCUAUUUUAGCUUCAGGGAACGGUUCAGAUCAGUGGAACGAGAUGAAAAUAUCAGUGAAACCGUUCCUUUGGAACUAAUGAAAGGAAGUGUUUUCUUUAAUGGGGAGGAGCUCGUAGAAAAUGAGUUAUUGGCUUCCUCAACCCAGUCUGGUCACAAAGAGAUGGAGGAUGAUGUUGCUGUAGCAGACUGGAGACUACUGAAUGCUUCGCUCCAUUGUGGGCGUGAUGAGUUCAGGUUUAAAGCCGUUGGACCUGAUGCUGCUGAUCUGACACUGGAAAUGAGUAAUUCAGACCGUCUGCCUCUAACCCAGGUGCCUGGAGCAUGUGGUUUUUCAGUGACGCAGACUGCGCUAGGACUUGUUUUACAUGUUCCCUUUGAUGGCUGCAGUGUGAGGAAAGCGAAUGAGAUGUAUGUUUUGACAUUGAGAUGGAGGGAGAAUGCAGUUAGUUUAACCUGCGCUGCGUUGGCAAGUUCUGAAGAAAUCACUGCUACUUCCCAGUCUCUGCAACAGCCAGAAGGAAGCGCUUCAUCUGAGCCACAGAGCCGUCCUAGACGACAUUUAAGAUGGCAGAAUUUUUAUUCUCCCUGUUCUCAACAUCGCUCAUUUCCUCUGUGUUGGCGCACCACUACCCCACCCACUACCACUACCACUACAGCUGCACCAGCCAUGCCUGCUAUUCUAUCACCUCAGCUCUUAAGCAGGUUUCUUCGUCUUUACCCCAUCUAUGAGCAAUACCUUCAGAACCACCCACAAGUGAAGCUACACUUAAAUGCUCACAAGCAUCCCGGGUGGCAAAUGUAUAAAAAAAUGACUGCGAGGCAGAAGCCGCAGCACCUCUAUCCCGAUCCCCUCCAGUUUAUACUAAAACAGCAUUUCCAGUUCACUACCACGGACCCUGCUACGACUACAGUGAGGACGACCACGCCAUGCGGCAAAACCACGACGCCCAGUGGCCUCGACUGUCCCGGCUCGCAGAGAUGGUUUUUUCCAUUCCGCAAACACAAUUUCAGCCCAAGGGUUUCAUUUAAUAGCAAUGACCUGUCGUCCUCGCUGGACGGAGGAUAUGACACAAGACGAUAUGAUACAAGAGAUCAGGUGACUCCAGACUCUUUAUGGGAGUCGUUUCCCUUGAUGCACUAAACUGAUGAAGAGGAUACUUGGUUUGACGAGGAUUGGCUGGAUGGCUGAAUAUGAUGUUUUAGAGUCAUGUCUUAAUUCAGAAUUUAAUAAAAGGGUUGGAUCUCAA